AGAAGUCCUCGUUACGCCUUUCCCUGUCUCCUCCUCCUCUUCUUCGGUUCUUCCUCCGCCCCACUCCACCCAAUCCUGAAUCCGCCCCCCCCCCCCCCCCCCGAAGCAGCAGCGGCGGCGGCUGGCGGGAGGAGGAAGGCAAGGAUCCGGCGGGGAGAGGCCGCCUCUCUUUCCCUUCCUUCGCGUCCGUCGUCCUGCUUGCUGCGGCCUGCAGCUGAGCUUGGCGGACAAUAAUACAUAUGCUUGUCCUUGCAAACCUAUAGUACAGCGAUCCUUUCUGUGGAACAUUGCAUCAGUCUAGAAAUAGAUUGGAAAGGGGUUUAGCUUGCGUAUACUAUCUGAGACUCUGGCUCGACAGAAUGGUCUCCAAUGGUAAUGAAGAUCUUAAAGCGGAUGUUGAACUAGUAGAGUCGACAACAGUGGACAAUGAUACUGGAGCCCCAGGUGCCAGUACUCUUCCUACUCAAGGUGUUCCACGACAAGGGAAGCAGCGGAAUGGGUUUCUGAAUUUCUGUAAUCGCUUUUCCAGUGGUGACAGGUUUAAGAAGUUGGGUCCUUCGCCUUCAUUCAAGUUUCGACAGCUUGCACUUGAGCGAGAUGAGUUCUCACGUUCCAUCCACUCUGACAGCCAUGAUAAUCAUGAGCACUUCCAGUUUAUCAGGAAAAUUAAUUGGGGCCAUCUGUGGGUAAUGUGCAAGGAUUGGAUAAAAGAGCCUCUUAAUAUGGCCCUUUUUGCUUGGAUUGCUUGUGUUACUGUAUCUGGUGCAAUACUAUUCCUUGUCAUGACUGGAAUGCUCAAUCGUGCAUUGCCUAGCAAAUCACAAAGAGAUGCCUGGUUUGAAGUAAACAACCAGAUUUUGAAUGCAUUAUUCACACUCAUGUGCCUUUAUCAACACCCAAAGCGGAUAUAUUACUUUGUGCUGUUGUGUCGAUGGGAGCAAAAGGAUGUUUUGGUCCUUAGAAAAACAUAUUGCAAAAAUGGAACAUACAAGCCCAAUGAAUGGAUGCACAUGAUGGUGGUUGUGGUCCUCCUUAAUUUGAACUGCUUUGCUCAGUAUGCCUUAUGUGGUCUCAACCUAGGAUACCGCAGAUCUGAACGACCUCCUAUCGGUGUUGGCCUGACCAUUUCCGUUGCUAUCGGGGCAGCGGCAUUUGCUGGAUUGUAUAACAUUAUCAGUCCUCUUGGGAAGGAUUAUGACACAGAACUGACUGAAGUUGACCAAGAAGCACAAACUGAACUCACCAGGCCAGCAACCUCACGAACAUCACUUGAAAAGAGAUACUCUUUCAUUCAAAGUGAAGAGCGCCGUUUUGUGGAGAGUAGGCCUGAGUGGGUUGGUGGACUAAUGGAUUUCUGGGACAAUAUAUCUCUUGCCUACCUGUCAAUUUUCUGCAGUUGCUGUGUGUUUGGAUGGAAUAUGCAGAGGCUUGGAUUUGGUAACAUGUAUGUCCAUAUUGCUACAUUUAUGCUCUUUUGCCUUGCUCCGUUUUUCAUCUUCAACCUGGCUGCUGUCAAUAUUAACAAUGAAAACCUUCGAGAAGCAUUAGGGCUUACCGGUCUCGCACUUUGCUUUUUCGGCUUACUGUAUGGUGGCUUUUGGAGAAUACAGAUGAGGAAGAGAUUUAACCUACCUGCGAACAACUUCUGCUGCCGCAGUGCAGAAGCCACAGAUUGCUUCCAGUGGUUGUGCUGCUCCUCAUGCUCCCUUGCCCAGGAGGUGAGAACUGCUGAUUAUUAUGAUAUUGCUGAAGAUAGGUCAUAUACAGAGCAGAUUACUGCGAGAAGCCAGCAUGUAAUGACCCCAUUGUCGCGCGAAGAUGGUUUGCCUCUUUUUAGGUCAAAUCCAGGUUCGCCAUACAGGAGCAGCACUGCUAGUCCAUCGAUCUUCAUUAUGGAGAGUCCAUCAGCUCCACGGAGAUCACCUGGACCUAGCCCUCUGGGGGGUUCGCCGACAAUGGGCGACAGGACAAUGAAGGCGCCUACUCCAUCUGUUCUCCACAGAGACGGUGAGCCCGAAUUGUAGUACCGGGAAAUGCAAUGAAGCAUUAGUUAUCCUGAGUCUAUUUUGUAUAUUUGAUGUAAAGAAAACUACCAUACACCUUUUUUUUUUCAUCUGCAGCUUCCAUGCAACUGCCAUUGCUUAUGAAAUGUAUAGACUAGACCAUCAUUUCAGUUCAGUUCUGUACUACUCUGUAAGAUUUCUUUUUGAGGUGAAGUGAAUGGUAAGCGAGAGUUGUCAAUUUACUAUCCAA